ACGGCUCCACGAAAGAGUAAAGCUGUUUUCUUCUACCAACGAUUUCCCGGGAAACAAGCAAGCACGAAAGAAUCAUCGGCUUUCGCAUUCUCAAAUUCCAAUCUUAACAUCUAGAAAAAGCGGUAUUCCUUGCGAAAAUGGCGCUUAGGACUUGCCACGGGAUAGGCGGACCAUUAAUUGCUCCCAUCAAUUUAACUAAAACUACCUCUCGAAUUCGAAACCGCCAAUUAUCAGUUCGGAAUUGUAGUUUAGACCAAAGUCAGUCUCAUAAGCAAUUAGUUUCAGAAGUGAAGAGUAAGCUUGAAAAAGAAUACAGUAGUCUCCCAGCUGGCAAAAAUGGAAGAGAUGAUGAAGACAUGAUCCUCUGGUUCUUAAAGGACCGGAAAUUUUCAGUUGAAGCAGCUAUUGCAAAAUUGACCAGAGCAAUCAAAUGGCGUCAAGAAUUUGGAGUGUCUAAAUUGACUGAAGAGUCGGUGAAAAAUGUAGCAGACACUGGAAAAGCCUAUGUGCAUGACUUUCUCGAUAUUUAUGGUAGGCCUGUGCUUGUAGUGGUGCCGUCCAAGCACCUUCCUGAUAUAUUAACUGAGCAAUACCAGGUGGAUGAUCCUGUUGAGAAUGAGAAGCUGUGUGUCUUUCUAGUUGAGAAGGCACUAGCAAAGCUCCCAGAUGGAAAAGAAGAAAUACUUGGAGUAUUUGAUCUCAGGGGCUUUGGUAUUGAAAAUGCUGAUCUCAAGUUCUUGACAUUUGUGUUCGACGUAUUCUACUAUUAUUAUCCAAGUCGGUUAGGUGAAGUCCUCUUUGUGGAUGCUCCCUUUGUAUUCAAGCCAUUUUGGCAGUUAGCCAAGCCCUUGUUAAAAUCGUAUGCUUCUCUGGUGAGGUUUUGCUCAGUAGAUGCCGUCCGGAAGGGAUAUUUCACAGAAGAAACAAUUCCAGCAAACUUUAGGAAUUGACAAAUGAAUGAUGAAUAAUGAUUCAUCUAUCACAGUUUUAGUCGGCAGUAAAUACAAAAAGAGACUGCUCAAAGCUUACACAACAGCUUCUAGCCAGAAUUUCUCCUCUGGCAAAACCAGGAUUGUCUUUUUUUAACUGUAUAUGUCCAUUGAGUGGUGAAAAUAUUUUCAUUUUCCUGCUCCUGAUAGAAGAAUCUUGUGAUUGUACACUUAUUCAUCAAUCUUUAAAUGAUGUAGAGAAAAUAUGUUGGAAUAUAGUUUUUGUAUCAACUGUCAAUAUGAAAGGGUUAUUAAGAAUUGAACAAGUUAUACUGGAUC